AUGCCCAAGUCCUCGACACUGUCGCUGGCUAUGCGGGGCAAGCCAAAGAACAAGGACGACGCCAACGGCCCUAUGAGUCCCAAAAGUCCGAGGUCGCCAGAUAUGCCUGAGGACCUCGACUAUGCCGCUCCCAAUGCCUCGUUCCAUAGCAUGCCACAGUCACCAGCCUCACCGAAGCCUCGCAAGGACUCCAAGAGCAUCUUCUCCAACUUUAGCGCCAACAAAUCGUCGUCACGCCUCAACAGCCAGGGGAACUCGAUACGGCAGCUUCCUGAACAACAACACUCGCCCAGUCUAUACUCCAACGGGCGCAGCGGGGCUUCGACACCAGACCUCGGCCGCCCCGUGCGCACUCCCAACUCGGAUGGUAUGGCUACAGUAGCCCAGACAAACAGCGUGUCGCUAACUGCCACAGACAACCGCUCCGAGGUAUUACGGACAGGCUCAGGCAACUCCAACGACUCCUCCGAUCCCCACGCCGACUCAUCAAAGCGCAACACUAUCAAACCGAAGAAGGGCAUUCUGAACAGGUCGAAAUCCAUCAAAGACGGCGAGAGCUCAGGUACCCGUGCAAAACUAAACAAAGCCCCACCAGGGCAACUGUCACCGGACAUUGCGGGUUCGUGGACGACGAAUGGCGAUGGCCCGCCAUUGAAGCCGGUACCCAUGGACAAAGGUCAAUCAUGGCGAGGCAUAGGCAAGCCACGAACACACUCGGCAGAUCGUCAGGACGGCUCCAAGCAGAUACCACGGGACGUCGACAACGGGCCACGAAGGGACAAGUCGGAGCAGAUAUCGCUAGCCUCGAGUUCGUACAACGAAACCAAGGGACACGGCUUCAUUUCGAAACUUGGUUCAGGAGCUCGCAACAUGGGGGAGAAGAUGGACUCUGCCCGCAAGGGCGUAUUCGGCAAACUUGGAAGAAGCUCAAGCAACCACGAGAGCCAGACGCCGAUAUCGAAUGAACCUUAUGUGUGCAAAAUCAUUCACAAGCCCUUGAUCGAACAGACGAGGCUCACACGGAUAUCGACCCGUCUGGCACAGUCACGCGACAAGACUGAGUUCUGGAUGCCAGCUUUACCUUGGCGGUGCAUAGACUAUCUGAACAUGCGGGGCUGUGAAGAGGAAGGCUUGUACCGCGUUCCUGGGUCAGCCCAGCAGGUCCGAUAUUACGAACGCAAAUUCGAUGAAGACCGAGACAUCGAUUUGAUCAGCGAUCCCAACCUGAACGACCCCAACGUCAUCGGUUCACUCUUCAAGAACUGGCUCCGACAGCUGCCGGAUGAAAUCUUUCCAAAAGCGGUCCAGACGGCAAUCCAGCAAGAAUGCCAGGGCGCCAAGACGACGCCGCAAAUGCUUAAGGAUGAGCUCUCGAAGCUCCCACCAUUCAACUACUACCUAUUGUUCGCGAUCACCUGCCACAUCAGCCUGUUGCACUCAUGUUCCGAAUUCAACAAGAUGAACUACAACAACCUGUGCAUCUGUUUCCAGCCGGCUAUCAAGAUCGACGCCUUUUGCUUCCAAUUCCUUAUUCUGGACUGGCGAAACUGCUGGCAGGGUUGUUGGACGGAGAAGGACUUUUUGACAGACGAAAUCAACUUCCUGAACCAUGUACAAGAAGUUGAGUCCCAGCAGCAGCAACAACAGCAACAGGAACAGCAACAGCAAGCACAGCACCACCUACAGCAACAACAACAGACUCCAUCCAGAAACGGCCCACCUCAAAGCGCUGGGAGAAGUAAAGGCACGAACUCGCCCCAGGUGCCGCCUCCGAAGAAGCCGGCGACGAUGCGGAGUCAGUCCACUGACCAUGUCAAGUCAUCCUCACGAGGGCUUUCAUCUGAGAGGAAUGGACGCGCUACACCACCGAACCCUUCACUGGUUCUGUCGGAACCCUCAAGCAACCCCGUUUUACGUAUGCGGGGCGGCGGCUAUAGCGAGCGCGAGACGUCGCCUGAGCGAGUCACGUCGUCUUCAGACAGUCGAGAGGGGGUUCAGCAUGCGAGAAGCACACCGCGUGCGCCCCCGUCGGUCAGCACCGAAGCGUCCUCGAUCGACCUGGAUGAGAAUGCCACGCCGACUCAAGCACAACAUAGUCGCGGGCCGUCUGAAUCGACGCAAUUUCGAUUGGACCUGCGCGAUCCACCGGGCUCCCCCUUCAACAUUAAAUUUUGA